CUUCCAUGAGUAAAAAUCUUGGUUAUUUGUCGUUAAUGAAUCACAAAAGUACAAGCAGUUGUUUCCCCCACCGACCGCCUUCUCUUCCAACAAUACAAAGUCUUCAGCAAAUCACUUCCAGAAUUAUUCCCGAUGUCCACUAUUAUCCACGAAAGCGUUACAAGCUCGGAUGUUCAGUUUUUUAACUGCAUAUCUCUACCACUAGAAAUGAAGAAGCCAAUGAAUGGAAGGAUGCCAUCAAGAAAUUUACUUGCUAGGUGGAAAGAACAGAAUACUAGCCUCGAUUCUAUGCGUAAAGCUCCAGCCAAAGGAUCAAAAAAGGGAUGUAUGAAAGGUAAAGGAGGUCCAGAUAACCAAAACUGUAAGUACAGAGGUGUGAGGCAGAGAACUUGGGGUAAAUGGGUUGCUGAAAUUAGGGAGCCAAACAGGGGCAGCAGAAUUUGGUUGGGUACAUUUUCUACUGCUCUUGAUGCUGCCCUUGCUUAUGAUGAAGUUGCAAUAUCAAUGUAUGGCUCGAGGGCCCGUCUUAAUUUGCCGAAUUAUAUCUCUCCAAACAUGUCUUUGUCUGCGCCAUCUAAUCUGGACUGCGUUUCUACUAUCACAUCAACCCACAGUGAGAUGACAAUCGAUGUGCAUUCCGGUGAGAAAGGAUGUUCUAGCAUCUCUGGUUACUGCAUUGAGAGCAAGAAUGUUGCUACUCAUGGCUACUGCCUGGAUAAGUUGCCAAGAAGUUUCAACUUCAUUCAUUGGGUUUGUGAGGAUUGUAAGUCACGGGAAUGUCAAGAAUGUGCUGGUAUCAGAUCAAAUUUGUUCUCGUCUAGCGGUGUUGAAGCAAAUGUGGGACCAAAAUUGAAAAGAAAGGUAAACCCUACUCUAGGAGAUGAGUGUAUCCAUGAAGCAAUGGAAGAUAUUCUUGAAAUAAAUCCAGCUAAGGAGCUGAAACCUCUGACUGGCUUGUCUGAUGUCGUGGAUUACGGCUCUCCGCUUGAUGUAAACAAAGUGACUGAUUGCACAGACAUGAAGAAUGGAAUUAUGAACAUUUCCCAAAGCAACCAUGGUGGAAAAUUAAAUCUUGGAGGAAAUAAGUACCAAGGAAACUGCAGUAACAUUUUUUCUGGAGAUGUUCAUCAAUCAACCACGGAUUAUCUGCAAUAUGCUUUAUUGCCGGAAUCUCAUCAAUGUGCCGAGCCAGUAAUUAAUCCUACAUGGAGUGGAAGUUUUAACAUACUAAAUGGCGAUCAUGGUACAUUGGAUGGAAUUGUAGCUCGCAUAUCAAGUAGAGCAUGCAAAAAGGUGUAUGACGAAGCAUGUUUCUUUCCCUCAACACUUCAGCUAGAAAUUGUCCCAAAAUCCAUUGUUUGGCCUAAGAAUUUUCUGAGAUCAGAACCAAGCGAUGAUAUUAUUGCCCUAUAUUUUUUCCCAAAAGAUGCAAGAGACGUCGCGAAAUUUGAUGACCUGGUUGAUGAGAUGAUUCAUCAAAGACUUGCCAUGAGAACCGUUGUGAAAAAUGCUGAGCUCUUGGUUUUCACUUCUAUGGACCUGCCUCGGCGUCACUGGAGAUUUCAAGGAAAGCAUUAUCUGUGGGGAGUGUUCAGAGAAGAGUAGCAUGUUUUGUAUUCUGAUAGCGCAAUUAUUUGUUUUUUUUUUCUUCUUAUAGUUCAAGUUUUGUUGCAUAAGUUCUUGGUUUCCCUGUAUACCUUGAACGUCCUAGUUCCUGUAUUGACUGAUUAAUUAGUUGGGGAUGAUAGUAUCAGUUGUAAAUUCCCAUUUUAAAGUUGAACUCUAUCUCCAUUGCCAGCACUAUUGACCGAGA